UGUUGCAUGUGAUAAAAACAUACAAACUUUGUAACGUAUGUUCGUAUUAUGGACAAAUCAUAAACCUUUUCUUUAUUACCACUGAACUGUUUGUAAACUAGCGAAGAAUUUCAAGCCAGACUUCGCCAUGAAGGGGCAGCAGAAAAGCCCAGAUGCACAAGUGGAUUUGCCUACCACCGAGGAAGGCACUGUUGCCACAGCUGACGAUCCAGCUGCUGCUUCAACAGUUCAGUCAGCUUCUACAUUUGCUGAUCAGCAGAUCAAGUACCUUCUCAAAACAGAUGCAAACACAGGGCAGGUGACCUAUCGUGUGAUCCAUUUGGCUGAAGGGCAGAUGGAAGCUCAGGCAGAUGGAGCUGGAGCUGUUAGUGUGGUGACUGGCCUUCCUCCAGCCACUCAGUCAGAACUGCCCAUUGUAACACAGGCUGUUUUCUCUCAGGCUGAGGGGCUGGAGACUAAUCUGGAGGCCACCGAGAGUCAAUACUACUAUCCAGCCACCAUUCCUAAUACGUCCCCGGCUACAAUAGUAACCAACGUCCACGCGGCCGAUUCGCUGCUCACUCAGUCCGCUCCCACAAGUCAACUCUAUGUAAUGAUGUCGCCCCAAGAGCUGUUAGGGAACACCCAUGAAAGCACAAAUGAGAUACCACACACAUCAAGGGAUAAUAAUAGAAGAGCACAACACAAUGAAGUUGAACGCAGGCGCAGAGACAAAAUCAACAACUGGAUUGUCCAGCUGUCCAAAACCAUUCCCGACUGCAAUGUGGACUUGACUAAAAAUGCUCAGAGUAAAGGUGGAAUCUUAUCAAAAGCUUGUAACUACAUUCAGGAGUUGCGCCAAAGCAAUGCUCGAUUAUCGGGUGGAGUAGAAACGUUGGAGAGACUAAGAAUGGAAAACCAACAUCUCAGAAAAGAGGUAGAAGAGUGGAAGUCUAAGAAUCAGAUGCUCAGAAACCAUCUGGGGCAGCAUGGUAUAGCUGCGACAUCAAGCAUGGAUCCUUAGUAAAGCACCGAGUCCUUGAUCACUUCUACUCGCUCACAGUGGGCUCUGAUUAACUGAGCUUAAGCAGGUCUGCAGUUAGGAAAAUUCACUCUAUACUGGUUUUAUCAGAUGAUCUUACAUUCGAUCAUUGUGAGUGUAAUUUUCCUGAUCAUUUCAGGUGUAAUGUGAAUGGUUUAUGUUAGAAAGGAUCUGUAAAGCUCAUGCAGCUACUUCUGUCAGGUGUGUUUCUCUUGGUGAAUGACUUGGUCUCCAACCACAACCACAGGUGCCAGAUAAGUGAUGAGGAUCUGACUUGCACUGUGAAUACUUUUUAUGUCUUUUAAUGUCUUUUUUUGAUCGAAUGUUAUUGGAAUCAUUUAUUUUUGUGAAUCACUGGAUAAUAGAUUAGUUUCAGACUUUUGUGGGGCACAUUUUUGGACUUCUUUCUCAGAAAAGCAAGUGAAAGGCAUUAUUAAUACAUUAAAGAAGUCACAACUGAGCCAGUUUAGGGGUUGUUAUUGAUGUAGCAUCCUGGGUCAAGGACGUAGUUUGCAUUAUAUUUAUGUCCAAAUGCAUUAUUACAGAGCCUGCUUUGUGUAAACACUAGUCUGGCGGGGUCAGAUUUAGUCUUUAACAAGAUCUGGAAACUUAAAGGUGAUCUGAAAUAAUGCCACUGUAGGCCAGGACCAAACUCAGUUGGAAUUGUAUAAAUAAUCUCUGCCCUAAAAAAAACAGUGUAUGAUCAGUAGUAUAGUUAUACACAAUGAGACUAAAGUUGUGAUUGAGGAUGCAGCCACGAAAUCUCUUGUGUGUGUUUUGUGUAAACAGUGUCUUCCUAACCAUAAAUAUAAGUUGUCCAGAUAACAUGUUAAUAACUGUUAAGUGUAAAAUGCUGUGUUUUUUAAAUUCUGUUUUUGACUUUUAGGAUACAUUUGCUUUGAUCAACUUGUUUCUUCAUGCUCAGAUAUUUCCACUUCAUUUCCAAAUUAUACAAUGUAACAUUAUAAGGUGUGCAUUGUCAAACUGUCAAAUUGUUUUCUCUUUAUGUAAAGUAAUAAAA